GAUGCACAUAAAGGAGGAGAAGAAUGAAUCUUUUGCAAAAUUUGUAUCUGACUGAUCGUUGCUCAUCUCCUUGACUGCCAAUCAAAACAAAUCUGGAAACAUGACGCCACUACCUACUGAGACAUCUAAUCCACCAUUUACCUCCGUUGCAUUGCAAACAUCUGCGUUGCAACACCAUCUUGAUUUUGUUAGGAAAUCCUCCCCUUACUACCGCAAGCUCUGGGAGAACGUUUCCUUGGGAGAUCAAGCAUAUCUAGAAGCCUAUCCCGUCGUGGAUCAUACUUCAUACUGGGCAGGCCACGGGAUUUCACGUAGCGAAAUCAUAACGGGCUCUCAUGAUGAUGGCAUUAUCAUGAAUACUGGAGGAACAACUUCGCACCCCAAAGUAACACUUAUGUCCAAGGACGAGCUCAGAACUACCAGCUAUCAACUUGGACUUGGUAUACUCGCUGCUGGCAUACAGCCAUAUGAUCGUGUUGCAAACCUCUUCUAUGCGGGUGAUUUAUACGGCAGCUUCCUCCUCCACAUUCUGUCAAUCAUGGAUAUUGGAGUUCCACUGGUACAGCUGCCGAUUGGUGGUUCCUGUGAACCCGACAAAAGCAUCCAGCAUAUGCGGCAGUUGAACGCGACUGUGGUGUUUGCCACAGCCACGACUAUAUACAGACUCGCAAAGCACCUGGUCGAAGAGAACAACAUACUCCCCGCUAUCCAGAGGCUACUGUUCUCGGGAGAGCCGUUUUAUGAGGACCAACGAGAGUUGGUUGCUAGGGCAUUUCCGAACGCUACAAUUAGGUCCCUAGUUUACGGUAGUAUCGAUGCAGGCGUUCUGGGUUAUUCAACUCCUGAUGAGGACUCCCGGGUCCAUGUUGUGAAUAGUCCGUCAGUGGUACUGGAGAUUGUACCGGAUGGUUCGACAACCCCUACAACACGACAUGGUGUUCCUGGAUCCAUUCUGGUGACAAACCUCGCACGGAAAUUGCAGCCAGUCGUACGCUAUCCCUGUGGCGAUAAAGCUGAAUGGGUAGAUUACAAUAAUCGAACUUUCCGCCUGCUCGGACGAGAUCAGCAAGCUGUCCGAUUAGGGCCCGUCUCGAUAGAUUUCACUGAUCUUCAUGACAUUGUCGCUUCGGCACUUCCAGCCAGGACCUUUCAAGCACUACAAGCAUUGAUCACGAGGGAGAACUCCAUAGAUCAGUUGACUAUCCGCCUAGUCUGCGACAAUUUGGCUCACGACUCCACAGAUACAGUGCGUGAAAAUAUCGCUAAAAGCCUCGGCAUGCGACGCCCAAUGUUCCAAGACCAUGUCAAGCGGCGACUGGUAAACUCAUUGAAGGUCUCUAUUGUAAGCUUGGAAGACUUUGAUAUUAAUCCAAGGACCGGCAAACUGGUCCAAGUUGUCGAUAAGCGCUAAACACGCAGCCAGCUACCGCGGGCCAUUUCUGUCAGACAAGGGCAUCUCUGAGAGAACACAUCUUAUCACAUUCCUUACGAAAAUACCUCAGCAUAUCAAAGCCGCGUAAAUCCAGGCGGCCGUGAUUGUAGGGCAGCGUCAAUAUGUAUCGAAUGACUGGAUAAACAUACGGAAACUAAAGUAAUGAAUUGGCAUGAGCUUGUGUUGUUAUUCAUGGACUGUUCUUGCUAAGUACCUUGC